GCAGGGUCACCUGUACCCAGCUGUCUGUCUAUGAAGAGUGACCAUUCAAUUAAUCUUCCAAUCGACUUCAGAGGAGAGUUCAGAGGUGAUCAAAGAGUUCGGGUAGAGAGGGCAGGGUCACCUGUACCCAGCUGUCUGUCUAUGAAGAGUGACCAUUCAAUUAAUCUUCCAAUCGACUUCAGAGGAGAGUUCAGAGGUGAUCAAAGGGUCCGGGUAGAGAGGGCAGGGUCAACUGUACCCAGCUGUCUGUCUAUGAAGAGUGAUAACUCAUUGCUUCAUCCAAUUAACUUCAGAGGAGAGUUCACAGGUGAUCAAAGGUUCCGGGUAAAGAAGGCAGGGUCACCUGUACCCAGCUGUCUGUCUAUGAAGAGUGAUCAUUCAAUGAAUUUUCCAAACAACUUCAGAGGAGAGUUCACAGGUGAUCAAAGGGUCCGGGUAAAGAAGGCAGAGUCACCUGUACCCAGCUGUUUGUCUAUGAAGAGUGACCGUUCAAUGGAUUUUCCAAUCGACUUCAGAGGAGAGUUCACAGGUGAUCAAAGGGUCCGGGUAAAGAAGGCAGAGUCACCUGUACCCAGCUGUCUGUCUAUGAAGAGUGACCGUUCAAUGGAUUUUCCAAUCGACUUCAGAGGAGAGUUCACAGGUGAUCAAAGGGUCAAGAUAGAUAGGGCUGGGUCACCUGUACCCAGCUGUCUGUCUAUGAAGAGUGGCCGUUCGAUGCCUCUUCCAAUCAACUUCAGAGGAGAGUUCACAGGUGAUCAAAGGGUCAAGAUAGAUAGGGCUGGGUCACCUGUACCCAGCUGUCUGUCUAUGAAGAGUGACCGUUCGAUGCCUCUUCCAAUCAACUUCAGAGGAGAGUUCACAGGUGAUCAAAGGGUCCAGAUGGAUAGAGCUGGGUCCCCUGCACCCAGCUUUCUGUCUAUGAAGAGUGACCGUUCAAUGCCUCUUCCAAUCAACUUCAGAGGAGCGUUCACAGGUGAUCAAAGGGUCCAGGUAGAUAGGGCUGGGUCACCUGUACCCAGCUGUCUGUCUAUGAAGAGUGACCGUUCACUGCAUCAUCCAAUCAACUUCAGAGGAGAGUUCACAGGUGAUCAAAGGGUCCAGGUAGAUAGGGCUGCGUCACCUGUGCCCAGCUGUCUGUCUAUGAAGAGUGAUCAUUCAAUGCAUCUUCCAGACACCUUCAGAGGAGAGUUCACAGGUGAUCAAAGGGUCCGGGUAAAGAUGGCAGGGUCACCUGUACCCAGCUGUCUGUCUAUGAAGAGUGAUCAUUCAAUGUAUCUUCCAACCAACUUCAGAGGAGAGUUCACAGGCGAUCAAAGGGUCCAGGUAGGUUGGGCUGGGUCACCUGUACCCAGCGCUCUGCCUAUGAAGAGUGACCCUUCAAUGCAUCAUCCAAUGUACUUCAGUGGAGAGUUCACAGGUGAUCAAAGGGUCCGGGUAAAGAUGGCAGGGUCACCUGUACCCAGCUGUCUGUCUAUGAAGAGUGAUCAUUCAAUGUAUCUUCCAACCAACUUCAGAGGAGAGUUCACAGGUGAUCAAAGGGUCCGGGUAAAGAUGGCAGGGUCACCUGUACCCAGCUGUUUGUCUAUGAAGAGUGAUCAUUCAAUGUAUCUUCCAACCAACUUCAGAGGAGAGUUCACAGGUGAUCAAAGGGUCCAGGUAGGUUGGGCUGGGUCACCUGUACCCAACUGUCUGCCUAUGAAGAGUGACCCUUCAAUGCAUCAUCCAAUGUAUUUCCGUGGAGAGUUCACAGGCGAUCAAAGGGUCCAGGUAGGUUGGGCUGGGUCACCUGUACCCAGCGCUCUGCCUAUGAAGAGUGACCCUUCAAUGCAUCAUCCAAUGUACUUCAGUGGAGAGUUCACAGGCGAUCAAAGGGUCCAGGUAGGUUGGGCUGGGUCACCUGUACCCAGCGCUCUGCCUAUGAAGAGUGACCCUUCAAUGCAUCAUCCAAUGUACUUCAGUGGAGAGUUCACAGGUGAUCAAAGGGUUCGGGUAGAGAGGGCAGGGUCACCUGUACCCAGCUGUCUGUCUAUGAAGAGUGACCGUUCAAUGCCUCAUCCAAUCAACUUCAGAGGAGAGUUCACAGGUGAUCAAAGGGUUCGGGUCGAGAGGGCAGGGUCACCUGUACCCAGCUGUCUGUCUAUGAAGAGUGACCGUUCAAUGCCUCAUCCAAUCAACUUCAGAGGAGAGUUCACAGGUGAUCAAAGAAUCCACUGCUCACAGGUGUCCAACCAUAUUGUAGAGAGGAGUUCAGGGAAACUCUUCUCAAAACAGCUGACCAGCAGCCUUGUGAAGCAGAAGGAUCUCACUGACUCACUGGAGAGAGAUGAGCAGCACAAUAAAUCCAUAGAAAGAGCCCAGCAGGCACUGAAAACUGCUCUGAAGAAGAAGUUUGAACACAUAUUUGAAGGUUUAGCAAAGCAGGGCAACCCAACCCUCCUCAAUGAGAUCUAUACAGAGCUCUACAUCACAGAGGGGGGAAGUGGGGGGAUCAAUGAUGAACACGAGGUCAGACAGAUUGAGACAGCAUCCAAGAGACACACCACACAAGAGACUGCAAUCCUCUGCAAUGACAUCUUUAGGCCUUUACCUGGACAAGAGAGACCCAUCAGAACUGUGCUUACAAAGGGCAUCGCUGGCAUUGGGAAAACCGUCUCUGUGCAGAAGUUCAUUCUGGACUGGGCAGAAGGAAAAGCCAAUCAGGACGUUGAUUUCAUCUUCACUCUUCCUUUCCGAGAUCUGAAUCUGAAAAAGGAGAGAGAAUUCAAUCUGAUGCAACUUCUGCAGCACUACUUUCCACAACUGAAAGAGAUCAAGAGUAUUGAAGGCAAUAAAGUGAAAAUUGUCUUUAUCUUUGAUGGUCUGGAUGAGUGUCGACUUCCUCUAGAUUUCCAAAGCAAUAAGAUCUGCUGUGAUAUAACAGAGUCAUCAUCAGUUGAUGUGCUGCUGACCAACCUCAUUCUGGGGAAUCUGCUUCCCUCUGCUCUCCUCUGGAUCACCUCCCGACCAGCAGCAGCCAAUCAGGUCCCUCCUGAGUGCGUCCACCAAGUGACAGAGGUACGAGGGUUCAAUGACCCACAGAAGGAGGAAUACUUUAGGAAGAGAAUCAGAGAUAAGAAAAAGGCCAGCAGAAUUAUCUCACACGUAAAGUCAUCCAGGAGUCUGCACAUCAUGUGUCACAUACCAGUCUUCUGCUGGAUUUCUGCCACUGUGCUGGAGACAAUGUUGGGUAAAGUAGGCAAUAGAAAAAUGCCCAAAACUUUAACUGAAAUGUACACACACUUUCUGCUCAUUCAGACUAAUGUGAAGAAUGAGAAGUAUCAUGGCACCGAUGUGACAAACCCAGAAAUCUCAGAGUCAGAUACAGAAAUCCUCCUUAAACUGGGGCAGCUGGCUUUUCUGCAGCUGGAAAGGGGCAAUCUGAUAUUCUAUGAAGAGGACCUGAGAGAGAGUGGCAUUGAUGUCAGUGAAGCUUCAGUGUACUCUGGGGUGUGCACAGAGAUCUUUAAAGAGGAAUGUGGGUUGGGUGAGGAGAAGGUCUACUGCUUUGUGCAUCUGAGCAUUCAGGAGUAUCUGGCUGCCUUGUUUGUGUUUCAUUCAUGUGUGAAUGAGAAGAGAAAUGUACUCAGAGCAGUAGAAUCAAAACCUCACAGUGACAGAGUGCAGCUGUCUGAGUUACACAGGACUGCAGUGGAUCAGGCCUUAGCGAGUAAGAAUGGACACCUGGACCUUUUCCUCAGAUUCCUUCUAGGCCUCUCUCUGGACUCCAUCCAGACUCUCUUAGGAACACUGCUGAUGCAAACAGGAGGCAGAUCACCUGUACCAGACCCUCUGACACAGACAGGAAGCAGAUCACCUGUACCAGAGCCUCAGACACAGACAGGAAGCAGAUCAUCUGUACCCGACCCACAGACAGGAAGCAGAUCACCAGUGCCAGACUCACAGACAGAGAGCAGUUCAAAGAGCAUCAGGAAAACAGUCUGGUACAUUAGGAAGAAGAUCAAAGAAGAAUCUUCAGCAGAAAGGUCCAUCAAUCUGUUCCACUGUCUCAAUGAACUGGAUAAAAACACUCCAGUGGCAGAAAUAAAGAAGUUCCAGAGAUCAGGAAAACUCUCUAAUGAAAAGCUGGAACCACACCAAUGUUCAGCCCUGGCCUUUAUGUUACUGAUGUCAGAGGAGGUCCUGGAUGAGUUUGACUUGAAGACCUACAACACAUCAGCAGCAGGUCAUCAGAGACUGCUACCAGUACUCAGGAACUGCAGGAAGGCCAUACUGACCUACUGUGACCUCACAGAGAAGUCCUGUGAAAUUGUGGCUUCUGCUCUUCAGUCAUCAAACUCACCCCUGAGAGAUCUGGACCUCAGCUACAAUAACCUGGGAGAUUCAGGAGUGGAGCUGCUCUGUGCUGGACUGAUGAGUCGAGACUGUAAACUGAAGAGACUGGGACUGAACAGCUGUGGCCUCACAAAGAAGUCCUGUGAAAUUGUGGCCUCUGCUCUCCAGUCAUCAAACUCACCCCUGAGAGAUCUGGACCUCAGAAACAAUAACCUGGGAGAUUCAGGAGUGGAGCUGCUCUGUGCUGGACUGAUGAGUCCAGACUGUAAACUACAGACACUGACACUGAACAGCUGUGGCCUCACAGAGAAGUCCUGUGAAAUUGUGGCCUCUGCUCUCCAGUCAUCAAACUCACCCCUGAGAGAUCUGGACCUCAGCUACAAUAGCCUGGGAGAUUCAGGAGUGAAGCUGCUCUGUGCUGGACUGAUGAGUCCAAACUGUAAACUACAGAGACUGGGGCUGGGUUGGUGUAAUCUCACAGAUGGCUGCUGUGAUGUUCUGGCCUCAGUCCUGCGUUCUCCUCACUCAGAGCUGAGAGAUCUGGAGCUCAGAGACAAUGAGCUGCAGGAUUCAGGAGUGAGAGCGCUCUCUGCUGGACUGGAGGACCCACACUGUAAAGUGCAGAGACUGGGGCUGUCAGGCUGUAGAGUCACACAGAGAGGCUGUGAUUCUCUGGCUUCAGCUCUGUGUUCAAACCCCUCACACCUGAGAGAGCUGGACCUGAGAUACAAUCACCCAGGAGACUCAGGAGUGAGAGCGCUGUCUGCUGCUAAACUGGACACACUCACACUGCUUGUGGACCAUGGAGGAGGGAACAGGACCAAACCAGGACCCAGGAAAUAUGGCUGUCAGCUCACACUGGAUCCAAACACAGUGAACAGAGAGCUGUCUCUGUCUGAGGGGAACAGGAGGGUGACACACACACCGGGGAGAGAGGAGCCAUAUCCUGAUCAUCCAGAGAGAUUUGAGUAUGUGCCCCAGGUUGUGUGCAGAGAGAGUGUGUGUGAGCGCUGUUACUGGGAGGCUGAGUUCAGUGUGUCUGAGGGGGGGGGAGAGGUUGAUAUAGCAGUGACAGAUAAAGGAAUCAGCAGGAAAGGAUGGGAUUCUGACUGUGAGUUUGGAGGGAAUAAAAACUCCUGGAGUCUGGGGUGCUUUAAGCGCGGUCGCUCUGACCUCAGUUACUGUGUCUGGCACAAUAAGAACCUAACACCCAUACCUGCCCUCACCUCCCCCUACCGCAGAGCAGGAGUGUGUGAUGAUGAUGAUGAUGCUGGUAAAGGAGUGUGUGUGUACAGGGUAGGAGUGUGUGUGGACCGUCCGGCCGGCACUCUGUCCUUCUACAGCGUCUCUGACUCUGACACACUGACCCUCCUGCACAGAUUCCACACACACUUCACUCAACACACACCCCUCUGUGCUGGAUUUGCAUUGUGGAAAUCUUCAGUGUCCCUCUGCCAACUGGAGUAGAGACACACACACACACGCACACGUGCACGCACACACAAACAUGCACACACACACACGCACGUGCGCGCACAUAAACAUGCACACACAUGCGCGCACACACGAACAUGCACAUGCACACACAUAUUCAUACACACACACGUGAGCAUACACUCGCACACAUGCACGCACACAAACACACACACACACACACACACACACACACACACUCGUACACACACACCACAUUCAUAUACCCACUGACACACACACACCACACACACUCAGAUACACAUAGACACACACACCCACACCUACACACACACACAUACUGACACACACCCUUUCUCUCUCACACUCACACUCAUGCAAACGCACUCACACACCUACGCACGCACACACUCGUGCACACACACUCACACUCUUACACACACAUACACACCCUCUCACACCAAAUCACUCACACACCCAAUCACACACAUGCACACGCACACCUACACACAUGAACACACAAUCCCUCGCACACACAAACACACACAUUCACCAGUUCACUCUCACGCACACACACAUGCAUGUCAUAUGUACACACGCUCAUAACCGUAUGUACACACACACACUUUCUCUCUCUCUCAUACUCAGUCACUCACACACACACACCCUCUCUCUCUCACACACACGCACUCACAUCCACAGUCACACAAUCACACAAACGUACGCACACACACACAAACUCAUGCACUCACGCACGCACACACGUAUGCAAAGACACAAACACAUGUCAACACACACAUUCACAUUCCCAUACGCAUGCACACACAUGUAUAAACACACACACAUUCUCUUACCUAUGCACACACACACUGAUGUACACUGAUGCACACGCACUCACACACCCACGCACGCACACACUCGUGCACACACACUCACACACAUACACACUCUCUCACACCCAAUCACACACAUGCACACACACACCUACACGUGGACACACACAAUCUCUCGCACACACAAACACACACAUUCACCAGUGCACUCUCACGCGCACACGCACAUGCAUACAUAUGUACACACGCUCAUAACCGUAUGUACACACACUCUCUGUCUCUCAUACUCAGUCACUCACACACACACACACACUCACAUCCACACACAUUCACACAAACGCACGCACACACACACAAACUCAUGCACUCACGCACACACACAUACAUGCCUGCAGAGACACAAACAUGUGUCAAUACACACACUUCUCAGUGUCCCUCUGCUAACUGGAGUAGAGACACACACACAUGCGCACACACACAAACAUGCACACACACACACACACACACACACACACACACUCAUAUACACACACUCAGUCACAUAUAUACACACAGUCAUAUGCACCUAGACUCACACACACGCACUCACACACCUACACACCCUCUCACACACCCAGUCACACACACACACCCUCUCUCUCUCACAUACACUCCAUCACACACACACAUACUCUCACACACACCCUUUCUCUCUCAGUCAUGCACACGCACUCACAAAUACAUGCACUCAUGUUUACUCAUGCACACGCACUCACAGACCUAUGCACGCACACUCUCUCACACCCAGUCACUCACACACACCUACACACGGACACACACAAUCUCACGCACACACACACACGGUCAUGCACACAUACACGCACUCAUACACAAACACUUUUUCUCUCACUCACACACUCACAUACAGUAUACAGACACACACAUUCGCAAACGCACACACACACACACACAUUUAUGCAAUCACGCACAAACACAAAUGUGUCAACACACACACAUUCUCAUUCCCAUACGCACGCACGCACACACAUGUAUAAACACACACAUUCUCUUACCCAUACGCACACACACACAUACUCAUGCACUCACAUGCACACACAUGCAUACACAUACAUGCGUGCACACACCAUAUACACAUGUAUACACAAACAUUCUCAUACCCAUACAUACACACACACACACACGUAUAAACACACACACAUUCACAAAGGCACUCUCACGCACACACACAUACACAUACAUACACUCAUUCUCUUGCACGCACACACACUCAAAUAAACAAUCACACACACAUUCACACGAACGCAUGCACACACACUUUCUCUUACCCAUACACACACGCCCCCGUGUGUACACACACAUACUCAUGCACUCAAUCAUACUCUCACACAUGCACACACAGAUACAUGCGUGCACAUGCGCGCGCCCACACACACACACACACACACAUUCUCUUACCCAUACACACACACAAUCCGGGCACACACAUACUCAUGCACUCACACACAUACACACACAUGUUCACAUCCACAGUCACUCCCACAAACGUACACAUGCAUGCACACACAUUCACAAAUUCACGCGCACACAAACACACUCUCACCCGAUCACACCUUCUUAGCUGUCCAUUGUGUUCGAUGAUGACGCUUGCUCCGGGGGAUGGGGGGGAUGGGGUGGGUGGGGGGUGGGGGGUGGGGGGGGGGUUCAGCGUCGUUGACGCUGGUGCCACUUCAUGUGGCUGUGGAGGCCGAUGCGUGAGCCACACACUCGUCCACAGCUGGGGCAAGGGAGCCCAGAUGUUGGGGCAAUGCCGGCAGCCCUCUGGUGUCGUUGGGCACGUCUUUCGGUCCUCCUCUGUUGGAUGGUGUAAUGUAUUUGUUCGGUCACCCUGCCCAAUAUUAUAACUCCUGUACAUAAGAGUAAUAUCUUUUAGCAGUUCAGGUUAAGCACUUGCUGUCUAAAUGUGAUAUUUUUUUACAUUUCAAUACAUUUAUAUUGCAGAUGUUCAAGGUGUGUUUAUGUACUUUUGAUUAUUAAAACAUUAAUAUAACAUUGAGAUGGCAGGGUAAAAUGUUUUUGAAGUAAUAAUUCUAUCUGCUGUAUCUGCAUAUUUUUUUAAAGAAUCCAGUGGCAAACUCCUCCACUUAAAUGUGCAUUUUACUAGUUUUUAUAGUUGCUUUCAUUCAUUUUCACAAGAGUUCCAAUGUGCAAAUUUCUGUUGGCAAAUGCAGCUGAUAGGGAGAAUGCAGAAUGAUCACUGCAGUGUACUUAUUUCAUUUCAUUACUGUAAACAAUGAUGGAUUGAGUUUCCUUAUUAAUUCUUUUAGGAUUUUUUUUUUUUUUUUUGCUUUAAUUUUCAGUAUUUUCAGACAAUAAUAUGCAAUGAUUAAACCUGAAUUAUUAAAAUAUCAAA